CCUUGCUUGCUUGGUUGCCAUUGCCGUCCGCUCGCAGCCUCGCGUUCUUGGAUCGAUUCCACGCGCAGACCACGCCACCCGUUGGAAAUCCACGAGCUCUCUCGACGCCGCGCGCGGCUGCCGCCUCCGGGAAGCUAUCGAGCCAAUGCCGCUGCUCGCGCCGGGCCCGCGCGCGCUUUGCCGGGACCUCUACUGCGCCGCCUCGGCGCGGGAGCAGGCGGCCCCGGUCCCGUCCUCCGUGGCGGCGUGCUCGACCGUCGGCGGGGCGCUGUGGCGAGGCGGUGUUCGUGUGGCGAGGACGGGAGGAAGAGGGGUGAGGGCUGAGGCGGCCUACUUCUGGGACGCGUCGGUGCCGGUGGAGAUGGGCGAGAUCGACAGCAUGGACAAGCUCGACGCCGCGCUCGCCUCCUCCGCCGAGCAAAACCAGCCCAUCAUCAUCGACUGGAUGGCCAGCUGGUGCCGGAAAUGCAUUUACCUCAAGCCCAAGCUGGAGAAGAUAGCAGGAGAAUUUCCAGGAGUCAGGUUCUACUUUGUGGAUGUCAAUAAAGUUCCACAGGCCGUGGUGAAAAGAGGGAAUAUAAGCAAAAUGCCCACAAUUCAGUUGUGGAAGGAUGGAGAAUGGAAGGAGGAAGUGAUAGGAGGCCACAAAGCGUGGCUGGUGAUGGAUGAGGUUAGAGAGAUGAUCCAGAAGUACAAGUGACUGAUUACAUACUCAUUAUACUGUAUAUAGAGGUUUGAGAUGAUCUCCUCGGACACUGUAACCCGAUCAAUAAAACUUUAUUUCAGCUCCUUAAUACAGCAGAGCUGGCCUAUGCUA